AAGUGUGCAUUUAAGUGCACUCUCCUUCCAAUAUGCUUACGCUAUAGCCUGUUCAGGUCACUGUAUCACUGAAAAAGCAACAGCUGGCUACUUUUUAUGAUCAAGAAACAAGCUAUCAUCAUACCGGUCAGAGAUGUACUUCCUUCAUUUUUUAGUUUCGUUUCUCUUCCUUUCUCAGUCAGCUUAGUCCCUGCAGUCAAGUCAACUGCGCGCAGUUCAGCUUUUGUCUUCUGACAGUUCGUUUGUCUCGGCGAAGAAAAAAUAUCCUUCAAAAUGAAGACAGGGCUGUUUUUCCUGAUGGCCGCGUGUGUUUUAUCCACAGCCAUCACCUCAGGCCAAGAGGACAAGAAGGAAUCUGCGACCCUUGCGCCAUCACAUGAGUUUAUGGACUCAACUGCGCCAACCAAAACAACGACCACAGUCACAACCAAAAAGACGACUACCACACCACCAACGACGACCAAGAAGACGACCACCACACCUACAACUACGACCAAGAAGACGACUACCACACCUACAACUACGACCAAGAAGACGACUACCACACCUACAACUACGACCAAGAAGACGACCACCACACCUACAACGACGACCAAGAAGACGACCACCACACCAACGACGACGACCAAAAAGACGACCACCACACCAACAACGACGACCAAGAAGACGACCACCACACCAACAACUACAACCAAGAAGACGACCACCACACCUACAACUACGACCAAAAAGACGACACCAACCACCAUUAAAACGACCACCGCUGUCCCAGUGCCAACUCCUUCGACGAACGUCACCAAGGGCAAUUACUCUUACUCUGAAGGAGGCAAGCUGCUGGUCAUGGCAUUGACGGCCCUGCAGAUCAGGGAUGACGAUAAGAAUGGAGGACUGUUCAUCAUCCAGCCAAACAAGACAAAGAGUAGUGGUCUAGUUGGCAAGGAGUCUGUGGCCCUGACCUUGACAUUUCCUGAAGGCAAGAUUGAGUUGACCUUCAAAAGGAACACAACUUCAAAAUCUGUGUAUGUUGACUCAUUGAGCAUGGACCUGAAAUACGCUUUCCAAAAAGGAGUGAUGAAGACUUUGACUGGCAAGAACUCCUCCCUGGAGCUCUUCAAGGCAGGCAUUGGCCGCUCAUACUCUUGUUCAAAUGAGACCGUCUUCCUUGGGAACAAUCUAUACGUGGUGUUCACCCAGGAGAGAGUCCAGGCCUUCAACUUCACUGCCAAUAGUGAAUUCGGCCCGAUGGACAUGUGCAAAGCUGACCAGCCAGACUACACGGUGGCCAUUGCUGUGGGCAUUGUUCUUCUCAUCCUCAUCAUCAUUGUCAUCUUGGCAUACAUCUGCAGCAGACGACGCAGGAGCGACGGUUACCAAUCCCUCUGAAGAACCUAAACAACAAGGCCACACCAUGCCAAGAUGGCAGCCAUCAUUCCCCAUGAGACCCAAACGAGGGUGAUGAGACUUCAGAGUAAAGGUGCCAUUGCUGUGUAUUACUUCAACCAGAGAAACUGGAAUAUAAUGAGAAAGCUCACUCCCAUUGGCACCUAAUGUUCCCUCAAAAACGUGCAGUUCCACCUAGAUGGCAACCGCUGGCAUGCAAUGACUGGGAAAUCUGAAAAGGGAUAAAUGCUCAAAAAUAUUCUACUCCAAUUUCCAGUCAUCAACCUCAUAAAUAAAAUGUCCUGUUCAGAACUGUGGUUGGUAUUCUAUAAGACAAGGUAUUGUCAUGUUUUUUUCGACCUUUACUGUCAAGCAUUCUGCUAAUGUAUAUAUGAAUUUGGCCUCAUAUAUACAGCUUGCUGAAUAUAUAAUCUGCAGGUGCAAAAUUAUUUUUUAAAUCAAAAUUGGUUUUACCUUGGUGGCACUGCAGCUAGGCGAUCGCGGGCAACUUCAGUCACUGAACCAUCUCAUAUAUUCCAGUUUCUCUGGUUCAACCAGAACACAUGCACAGUACAUCUUGCGGUGGUAAUUUGACACUUGCAUCGUGAGUUAGAUUUAGUACUAAUGUUGGUCCAUUUCUCUAGAUGUUGAAUUAAUACUGGGAAAUGUACUGAGCAACUUACACCCAAUCUCGCAUCAGCUUAUGAAACAGAUUGAAUGGUUAUGGUGGUUGAAGUGAUUUUAUCAAUGGUUUUGUUUUACUGUGUGUUCUCUGCAUGUGUGUCAAUCAUCCACUUGGCAAUACUGUCAUUUACAUGUUACAUUUAUUCUGCUUAGUUCUGUAUUUUGCAAUCUUACCAACAAUAUUCACAUUUUAUUAUGAAAGGGAAAACCAGUUAUUCCUCAGGAUGCAUAAGGGCUAUCUAAAUGAGAACUUGCACUCAGACAGUAAUGGGAAACCUGCAUUCAGAAGCUAACCCCCAGUGCCACAUACUGUGACAGGUCUGGUUUUACCUUUUCCUAUUUGAGCAGAUAGAACCAGGUCUUGUAGAAUAUGUGGCGCCGGAUAAUAGUAAGCUUUUAAAUUCAGGUGCACUGCACUUGACAGCACUGCUUUGUAUAUGUAAAGUUUGCAGACUGUAAACUAUUUGAAUAUGACGGGCAAUAUGGUUGUUAGUCAAAUUUCAUUGGAUCUCUGUUAACAUGUCAGACAUUUAUUCCUGUUUCUUUUUUAAGUCUUGCUGAUUCUUAUCUCAUCUCAUUCUUAUGCACCAAGCCAGUUACAUUCCUUAAGGGAAACCCAGUGAACUACAACAACAAGGCAAGAGUAUGUGUUCUGUUUAAAGAUUUAAGAGUGUGAUUAAAAACUGUAUUUCCAUUGUUUUGACAAUAAAGAUGGAUUGACUUCCA